AAAAAAUGAAAAGUUUGAACAUGGAAAGAACAAAAAAUUGUAAAGUAAGAGCUAAGAGUGCAAUCGAUGGGACGAUGAGCGUGUGUGAUAGAGAGCGCAGUGCUAUCAAUGCGCAUAAGAAUGGUAGUAACGAUGCUAUCAAUGCGCAUAAGAAUGGUAGUAACGAUGCUAUCAAUGCGCAUAAGAAUGGUAGUAACGAUGCUAUCAAUGCGCAUAAGAACGGCAUGAACAUCAAAACUAUCGAUGAAAGGGUGGCCCAUCCCAAAACUAUCAACGAUACGUGCAGCGCCACAGCCCAAAAAACUGGCAACACGGAGGACGCAGCACCCCCAAACGAUGACAUGAUCCUCGCCAAGCCGUUCUACUUCAACAGCUCACAAUUUGUAUUCGAGGACCAAAUUGAAGAGAAGUACUACCCCAUCCCGAAGAACAGACCUGUACGAAUAUACUGUGACGGAGUGUACGAUCUGUUCCACUACGGCCACAUGCGUUCACUAAUGCAGGCCAAGCACCUCUUCCCUAACGUUCACCUGCUGGUGGGCGUAACGAACGAUUGCAUAACACUGCAAAACAAGGGCUCGCUCGUGUUUAACGAGCAUGAACGCACCGAGAGCGUGAGGCACUGCCGGUAUGUCGAUGAGGUGAUAGAAAAUGCGCCGUGGUCGAUCACGGGCACGUUUCUUGAGACACACCGCAUUGAUUAUGUGUGCCAUGAUAAUGUGCCGUAUUCGUGCGCACACAGUGCGGAUGUGUACGACAGUCUGAAACGGAGCAAUAAAUUUAUACCGACCAGGAGAACGUUUGGCAUAAGCACUACGAAUAUUAUUACGAAGAUUGUGAAGGACUACGAUCUUUUCGUGCGUAGGCAGCUGGAGAAGGGGAUCAAUGCGGAUGAGCUUAAUUUGUCAUUCUUUACGAAGGAGAGCAUUAACGUGAAGAACACGAUCAAGAACAUCGAGGCAGACCUGAAGAACGAGAUUAAGGAGAUAAGGGAGGAGCUGCGGAUAGCACUGCUGUACUGGGAAAGGGUGAGCAAUGAGAUGAUCAGCACGUUUAGUCACCGAUUUGCACGCACUGUGAACGAGCACUCGCUGUUUAAGAAGAUAUUUAGGAAGAUUAUACUUAUGAUAGAGAGAAAGAGGAGAUGAGGAGAGGAAGAGGUGGAGAAUGAGGAGGAGAAUGAGGUGGAGAAUGAGGU